CGCGCCGCCAGAGAGUCAGUUCGCUCCGGCCCGCGGUCCCCCAGCCUCGGUGCGCGCGAUGGCGCACGCGGCCCCGCCGAGCGCGCUGGAGCAGGGCGGCCCCAUCCGCGUGGAGCACGACCGCCAACGCCGCCAGUUCUCCGUGCGCCUCAACGGGUGUCAUGACCGGGCUGUCCUACUCUAUGAGCACGUGGGCAAGCGGGUUGUGGACCUGCAGCACACAGAAGUCCCAGACGCUUACCGUGGGCGUGGCAUUGCCAAGCACCUGGCGAAGGCCGCCCUGGACUUCGUGGUGGAGGAAGACCUGAAGGCCCACCUCACCUGCUGGUACAUCCAGAAGUAUGUCAAGGAGAACCCCUUGCCGCAGUACCUGGAGCGUCUCCAGCCAUGACCCUGGCCACUGAGCGCAGGAGUGCACCCUGUGGGCCUUCUCCGUGGGCUUCAGCCAGCUCAAGUGCUCUCAGGAACCUGUUCCCGUGGGGACAGGCUCAGAGUUAUUUUUGCAAGGACACUCAUCUGCAGUCCUCACCCAGGAUUCUAGGGACCAGCUGCUGGC